AUGAAGGAUAUCGAGGCCCCGCCCUCGCCGAGCAAGCUGGAAUCAAGCGCGAGCUCGCUGCGAGGAUCUGGCCAUGAUCUCGCCACGGGCACGCACCCUGCUUCGCCCGUGGCGUCGCUGCACAAGGGCGACGACGACGACGACGACGGCGACGACCAGCAGCAACCCCCGUCCACGCUCGGCAAGCUGUGGCGUAGGAUCAAUGAUGACCUCUCGAUCGAGUCCCACGGUAUCGCACCUUUGACCGAGGAACAACGCGUCGACUCCAACUUUCUCGACUCAUUCACCAUGUGGUGAGUUGACAGUUGCAGACGAUCGUCGCGGUGGGUCGUCGGCGCUCUCCGCCGCUGCUACCGGAGUUUGCCGAGAUCACGCGGACUGUCUCCGGCGUUACCGUAUACUGAUACACACACCGUCCACUCGCACCAAAUCCAGGCUUACGAUGAAUGCUACUAUCGCGUGCUUCUCUACCGGAACACUGGGGCCCCUUCUGUUUGGAUUCUCGAUGAAGGUACGGGGAUUCUCCCUCCACCCUGGAAACCCCGCUGACCGAGUUGAAGCCCGGUCGGUCCGAGCAAUUUAGACGUUCGGGCAUGCGAGCUAAAUCCAGUGUUUGGCAUCUCCUAUCUAUAUGCAGAACUCGUUCCUUGUUAUUGUGUUCUUCAACAUCUUCUCUUGUGCGGUGCCGUCCUACUUCGCCGUGUUCGGGCCAAGGUGAGCUUGCGAUGCUGUUGCUGCCGAUCCUUGUAUCGGUCACCCCUCGUCCCCGGCGCUGACCAGAGAUUCUGCCUUGUGUUCAGGCUCGGCAUGAGGCAGAUGGCUGUCGCCCGCUACUCCUACGGCUGGCUAGGCGCCACCGUACCUGCCGCUUUCAACCUCAUCUCCUUCAUCGGCUUCAACGCGCUCAACGCCCUUCUCGGAGGUCAGGUGCUCGCGAGCGUCAACCCCGGCACCGUAUCGACCCGCGUCGGCAUCAUCAUCAUCGCCGCCAUCUCGCUCGUGCUCUCCUUCUGUGGGUACAGGGUCUUGCACGUCUUCGAGCGAUGGGUGUGGGCACCCGUGCUGCUCGCGUUUAUUCUGCUCGCUGGGUUCGGAGGUCGACACCUCGGCGCCGCGACCUCCUAUCUCGACGAUGUUCCUGCCACCGCCGGCACGAUCCUCUCCUUCUCCUCCAUUAUCGUCGGAUUCUCUCUUUCUUGGUGUGGCUGUGCGGCCGAUUUCAACACGUACCAGCGUUCGACCGUCUCUAGCACCAAAGUAUUCGUCUACACCUUCGUCGGCUUGUACCUGCCCUGCGCCUUGCUGCAGAUGAUGGGUGCCGCGUUCUCCGCCGCCGCUCUAUCGGGGCUCAUCACAACAUGGGAGGAUGCAUUCAUUACAGGCAGCACAGGCGGUCUGGUUGCGGUUGCACUUGAACCGCUGCGCGGCUUUGGCAAGGUCUUGCUCGUCUUCUUCGCGCUCGGCAUGAUCACCAACAUCGCACCCACCUGCUAUGCCUUUUCGCUCUCGAUGCAAAUCGUCUUCCCCUUCCUGUCCAAGUUCCCCCGCUUCCUUUUCCCGAUCGUAGCCACAGCGAUCUACCUCCCCAUUGCCAUCGUCGCAGCAGAUCACUUUGCUGCCGCUCUGUCCAACUUCCUCGGCUUGCUCGGGUACUGGGCCGCCAUUUUUGCCACCAUCUUCGUGAUCGAGCACUGGUACUUCCGCAAAGGUCGUUUCACCUCUUACGACAUUUCGGUCUGGGACUCGCGCUCUCUCUUGCCGCCUGGGAUCGCGGCGAUCGUGUCGUCGUUGGUCGGCGCCGCGCUCGUCGUCGUCUCGAUGGACCAAGUGUGGUGGAGGGGUCCGAUCGCGGUCAAGAUCGCUGGAAAUGCCGCGUCCGGUGGUGAUGUUGGCUUGUGGUUGGGUGCAUUGGCAGCGGCGAUCGUGUAUGUACCAUUGAGGACGCUCGAGAGGUCCCACUUCAAGCGCUAG